CUGCUUUUACUUUCAGUAUAACCCUGCACUGCUGAGUUCUUCUCAGAGACUGAUGACGCGCCCGAAUCCUGAGUUCUGAUUGGUCAGAGCGCUGGGUAUAAAAGCCCCGCCUUCUUUGCGCAGAGAAUUCCCGCUGAACCCCGGACAGGACAGAGUGUGGAGUGUUUAUCUCAUCUAUAAACUAGAGUUUUACCCGAGGAUUAAAUAUGUGAGAACUUUUUAAAGAUUAUUAUUAAUUUUCUCUUUUACUGUGAGAGACUUUAGACUGAGAGAUGUGUCACUGCAGUGUAGUUAUAAAAACUCUGAUUUACCUCAUAUUUUCUCUUCAUCUUUCAUCAGCAGUCACACACACUCUGCAGCACGUCUUAACUGGAGUUACAUCAGGAAUAAAUUUCCCAGAGUUCACCGCUGUGGGUCAGGUGGACGGACAGGAGUUUGAGUACUAUGACAGUAAGAUCAAGAAGGCGAUCCCAAAGACGGAGUGGAUACAGAAUGAGGGAGACGAUUAUUGGAGCGGUCAGACACAGAUUGCAGAGGGUCAGCAGGAGAACUUCAAAGUCGAUAUGAGUACACUGAUGGGUCGUUUUAACCAGACUAAAGGAGUUCACACAGUACAGAGGAUGUACGGCUGUGAGUUGGAUGAUAACGGCACCACUAGAGGAUACAUGCAGUACGGUUAUGAUGGAGAAGAUUUCGUGACCUUUGACCUGAAGACUCUGACCUGGAUCGCUGCAACACCUCAGGCUGUGACCACCAAGAACAAGUGGGAUCAGAAUAGUAGAAGGAUUAAUAUCUAUAAGAACUACUUUGAGAAGGAGUGUAUCGACUGGAUAAGGAAAUAUGUGUCAUACGGCAGAGAGACUCUGGAGAGGAAAGUUCAACCCGAGGUGUCAGUGUUCCAUAGACACUCGUCUCCCUCUCCAGAGGUGGUGUGUCACGCUACAGGUUUCUUCCCCAAAGCAGUGAUGAUCACCUGGCAGAAGGACGGAGAGGACGUGCAUGAGGACGUGGAGCUCAGAGAGACGUUACAUAACCAGGAUGGAAGCUUCCAGAGGAGAAGCAUUCUAAAGGUUUCAGCUAAGGAGCUGCAGAAACACACCUACACCUGCGUGGUUCAGCACAGCAGCUUGGAGAAGGAGAUUCGAAUAGACGUAACAAAAGGUCCUAAUAAACUAGAGCUGUAGAGAGUGAAAGCUGAUUUCUUGCUGCAGCAGAUAAUAAAGACUCUGUGCUGAUUUAACAGGUAGAGCACGGACUGCUAUGAUCAUCAUCCACA